CUCUUCUCUUCUCUUUCUGUUCUUCAGCAAGACUGGUCUUGUUUGGAGCUGCCCUUAGUUUUGUUUGGAGACACCUGUGCACUGGUUGCAUUGGUUUAGUUGUUUUGUUCAAUUCAUUCUACUAUACCUUAAUAAUCACCUUUCUAUACUUGCCCAUUUCAACUCUUUGAUAUCAAAAAACACAAAAAUCAUACUCACAUUCCCCUGACAGACGAGCUGUGCUCUCUCAUACACCAAUCCCAAUUAUUAUCCCCAUCUUGAAUUUUAACAGUCCAACUUUGUCGCUGGCCGACGUCUCCAUUCAGCAGCUCACAACCUUGCUCAGCCUUGUUCAAUUUAUCGCCGAGGCUUUUUACUAUCUUUUUCUAAUUUCGUGUCGUGGACUGGAUCCGCGAGCAUUACUGUUGGAUACCGCAGUCAACCAACCAACAAACCAACACGGACUUGAUUGAAUCGGCUCUGGUAGUCUUUCGACUCAAGUCUUGUAUCUUCUGCAUCUAAUACUGUGGAAGAGUGCUCUCAUCUUUGACUUCGAUACGAUAAUCUAUACAUUCACCGUGAAUAUUAUUUAAUCUUUAGUCUCACUACGUCAAUCAUUCAAAAUGUCCGCUGUGCAACUCAAGUUCACUCUUCGGACGUCGUCCAAUGUCAAGACUGUCCACCUGCUUGGCUCCUGGGACAACUACUCCCGUCAGAUCCCCCUCUCCAGGGAUGAAGGCAAGCCCGGUUCAUGGGUUGGCAAGUUCCGCUUCCAGACCUCCAUGCUUAAGCUCGGCGGCCGCUACUGGUAUUAUUACAUCAUGGAUGGAUACCACGUCUCCCAUGAUCCCGCCGUUGAGUACACUAUUGAGCCAACCACCGGCCGCAAGCUGAACAUCCUCGAUGUUCCCGGAGGUAGCAAGAAAUCCAGCUCUUCCGCCUCGAAGCCCAGACGAACCUCUGAUGAGGUGGUCAAGGGCCGUGCUCCGUCUCCAUCCAAAAUCCACCACCCCAAGCCCUCCAAGCCCUACGCCUCCCGCCAAAUCCGGGAGACCGACUUCGCUCCUACCAUGGAGGACCUCACCAUGCGCUUUGCGGGAUCCCGCCUGUCAGACGAGUACUCCCUCUCCAACAGCCCACCCAGCUCAGUUGGGUCGUCCCUGUCUUCUCGGUCUUCUCGUUCCUCUGGCAGCACCUCGCCUUCCUCGCUUUCUUCCAUGAGUGACCCAGCCAGCGUCUGCCGCUGCGAGCGCUACGGCAUCACCCGGAAGGCGACCGCGUCAAGCUUGACUGCGGUGGUAGUCGCUGUGGCUACGUUACCGAGUCGUCUGAGGCUAGCUGUUCCGAGUCUGACAGUGAUGAGGAGUACCGCCGGGCCCGCCGAGGUGUUCGUCGCCAGGGCAUUGUUGUGCGUCGGUAAAUCAUGCAGUUGGUGGAAUCUUUACUUCGUCAAUUUUAUGGAGAUGGGUUGACUCCGUCAGUCAAGCAAUGUCAAUCAAUAUGGCAUGUUGCUGUUAUGCCAUGAUAGUCUCUCCUUAACAGGACUAUGAAGAGAACAUUUUGAUACCCAAAACAGAAAAACCAAGAAAAAAAAACAUCCGGAUCGUGGCUCCGCUACGAGUGUGCCGGACUCACUUCGUAUGAUAGCGAAGUUGCAUUGUGAGGAGGUUCACGUCUGGGGAAGAGAGUGGGGUUAGUACAAUGCCUUUGGGCAGAGAUGUGGGGAGAUAAAUAGUAUUGGGGGUGAAGCUGAGAAGAUGGAAGGACAAUGUCGCUCUGUGUCUGUCACUAUAACAGACCAGCCAGGCGAAUGAUUCAUGCCAUGAAGGAAUGAAUAUGUGAUGACCUUGUCUGGUCACGUCGGUGCUUAACCCUAAUCAGGGAUAUGUAUUUGACUGCGUCCAGAAUGAAUGAUGAAUGAUGCUCCUUCGAUUAGCUUAAAAAAACAUUAAAAAAUACAAAAAAAAGUUGUUUUUGUACUUUCAA